UUUGUAUGUCAAUUGGAUUUGUCUUCCUAACAGAUUAGGAAUUAGACCAUACUCAUAAGGAAAGCUGAACUUUCCUUGCACGUAAUCGUUUAAUUUGUUUACAUAAUUGGAGGUAAUUACCUCUAAUUCCAGGUGGUAAUUAAUUCGUAUCAGCUCUUUAUUCUUUAUUAGCCUCUUGCUACAUGCUUACAUGUCUAGCAAUUGGCUCUUUUUUAUUAUUUUUCUCUUUUUUUAACUUAUUUUAGAUGUUAAUUUUUUAUUAAACUAAAUUUUGAAAAAUAAUGAACGUAACCAUGCAUAGUCUUAUUAUGUAGGUUUUUUUGUGAUUUUUUAUUUUUAUAUUUAAAAUCUUAAUAAAAGAAGGGUGAGUUGAAUAUUAUGAAAGUUUCACCAUUUUUUCCUUCUCCUUUUAUAUAUAGAGGUUUAGAUAUCCUACCAUGUAUAGGAGUCCACUGCAUCCCUAUAAAUAAACUUCCCUAUCCUCCUUCCUAAGCUCUACAACAUUACUCUACAAUUCCUCAAUCUUGGACAAUGGUGUCCUCAAAAUUUCAUGUUGCUUCUGCGAUUAUUGUUGUGUUGGGAUUACUCUUCCUAACAGCAGCAGAAUGUCGAAAACCGAUUUCGAACACGGUCAAGUACUCAGCCAUUAACUGUAGAAAGCACAGUGCUCUUUUGACUGACUUUGGAGCCGUUGGCGACGGAGAAACUUCCAACACAAAGGCCUUCAAGGAGGCCGUUGGUCAUCUAAGCCAGUUGGCAUAUGACGGCGGAGCGCAGCUUAUUGUGCCGCCGGGGAGGUGGCUUACCGGGAGCUUCAACCUUACCAGCCACUUCACUCUCUUCCUCCAUAAGGAUGCCGUUAUUCUUGCAACUCAGGAUGAGUCAGAGUGGCCUCAUCUUCCGGCACUGCCUUCAUACGGGAAAGGCAGAGAUGGCCCCGGUGAAAGGUUUAGCAGUCUCAUCUUCGGAACAAACCUCACCGACGUCGUAAUUACCGGUCACAACGGCACCAUCGACGGCCAAGGUGCUUACUGGUGGGUAAAGUUCAAACAAGGUCUUUUGAACAGCACCCGACCAUACGUGAUCGAGCUCAUGUACUCUGAUCAGAUCCAAAUUUCUAAUCUCACUUUGGUCAACUCUCCUUCGUGGUUUGUCCAUCCCAUAUACAGCAGCAAUAUAACAAUCCAAGGGCUCACAAUCCUUGCACCAAUUGAGGUUCCCAACACCGAUGGGAUUAAUCCAGAUUCUUGUUCACAAAUUAGAAUUGAAGACUGCUAUAUAGUCUCUGGAGAUGACUGCAUUGCAGUAAAGAGUGGAUUUGAUGAAUACGGAAUCAAAGUCGGAAUCCCGACGGAGCACCUUGUGAUCAGAAGGCUCACUUGCAUUUCACCUUCCAGUGCCACCAUUGCCCUCGGCAGUGAAAUGUCCGGUGGAAUCCGCGACGUUAGAGGUGAGGACAUCACAGCCAUUGAUGCUGAAUCAAGUGUGAGGAUCAAAACUGCCGUCGGAAGGGGAGGUUAUGUCAAAGAUAUUUAUGUGAGAAGAAUGACCUUGAAGACGAUGAAGUACGUUUUCUGGAUGACCGGCUCUUAUGGAUCGCACCCUGACCCCGGCUUUGAUCCAAAAGCGUUGCCGGAGAUUACAAACAUCAACUACAAGCAGGUUGUGGCAGAAAAUGUUACUAUUUCCGCAAGGCUGGACGGAAUCCAUGAUGAUCCUUUCAAGGGAAUUUGUAUUUCGAACGUGACCAUCACACUGGCUGAGAAGGCGAAGAAAUUGCAAUGGAACUGCACUGAUGUCGAGGGAAUCACAAGCAAUGUGACCCCAAAGGCGUGUGAUUUGUUGCCCGAGCAGAAAGAAGCGGUUGAUUGUGCUUUCCCUGAGGAUAGGCUCGCGAUCGAGGAUGUUGAGUUGGUGACUUGCUCUGCAAGCACCCCCUUCUUCUGAGCGUGUUAGAUGGGAAUUGUUACAUGUUUAAGAACAUUGCAGUAUGAAUUUUAAUAAAUGUAAAAAAAAUUCGUUAUUUCUAUUUCCGUAGGCUAUGUAUGCUCCAUCGUUUCACUAAUUAAUCACCGCAAGCAGUCUUAAUUGGUGGAAAACUAAGUAAA